UAUAAUUAUAAUUAUGUAAUUCUUGUUUAUUUUACUCAUAAAUUGGAUUUUUGUUUUUAGAAACCAUUUUAAAUGUCAGACUUUUGUAUUUGGGAUAUUACAAAUUAGUUUAUUAAUAUUAUUAUUGUUGUAACUAUGGCUAUUGUUUAUUAUACAUUAAUAUUGUUGUUAUAAUGUGAAGCAAAUAUUCUAAAUUUUGAAGGCAAUGCAUAUUACCGUUCUUAAUAAUAACAAAAAGAAUGGGAUUUUGAAUGUUGUUUUUACUUUUUAGAAUACCUCAUAUUUUAACUUCUGAAGUAUUGUACACCCUUACUACCACAGCACUACUUAGUUUAAAAAAUGUCAGAUAAAACAGUGAAUUGGUUUGCUCAGCUAGUAUAGGUAUAGGUUAAACUCUCCUUUAAAAAUGUAUAUAGCAUUGUUUACUCAUGUUGAAAUACAUAGUAUACAUAUUGUCACGAAAAAUACCUAUGUUUAAUGUUUGUACAGAAUUAUAUUUCAUGUUACAGCAGACUAUAAAAGUUGGAGGAAUUGUGUAACCAUGUUUUAAAUUGUACUAAGCUUGGGAAUUUUAACAUAGUCAAGAUAAUUAACAUAAAACCAAAUACAGAUUUAAUUUUUAAUUAAGUUAUUCUCAUACAGUGUCUUUCAGUUGUGACACAAGGAAGCCAUUACUUAUGAAACUACCAAGCGUUCAUAAAUCCAGAUAUACUUCUAGGAAAAAUGCCAGAGGAUGGAUGCCAGUUGUCCACACUUAAGCUCAAGCAAGGAUUUAAAGUUAUGAUGAUGGGCUCUCUAGAAGAAGACAUUGCUGAUGCUUCAGCCCCUCCUGAAGACAUUCCUGAUGUUGUAAAUGAUCUUGACAUUGAAGAUGAAGAGAUUGCAAUAGAAAGCAGAGAAGUGUACUUAGCAAAGAUUGAACGCCGGGUUAGAGAAUAUAAAAUCAAUAUGUUGAAUGAGCCUCGACCUGGCAAGAAACUGCUUGUACUUGACGUUGAUUAUACAUUGUAUGAUCACCGAUCGGCAGCUGAAACAGGUUAUGAGUUAAUGAGGCCAUAUCUUCAUGAAUUUCUCACAUCAGCUUACCAGGACUAUGACAUUGUUAUCUGGUCAGCAACAAGCAUGAAGUGGAUUGAAGAAAAGAUGAAGUUGCUGGGUGUGUCAACUCACAAUGAUUACAAAAUUGUGUUCUAUCUGGAUAACUUGGCCAUGAUAUCUAUCUUCACUCCUAAAUAUGGAGUCGUGCAGGUUAAACCCUUGGGUGUAAUAUGGGGUAAAUUUGAUCAGUAUUCUUCUCGUAAUACGAUCAUGUUUGAUGACAUCAGACGCAACUUCCUGAUGAAUCCUGGUAAUGGGCUGAAGAUUCGACCGUUCAAACGAGCUCAUCUGAACCGUGAGAAGGAUAAGGAAUUACUUGGACUUGCCAAAUACUUGAAGGACAUUGUUCAUGAAGAGGAUUUUAACUGUCUGGACCACAAGCACUGGGAGAAAUACCGACCACGAAAGAAAGAUAAACAUACUACAAAGAAGGAAGUAGAUAACAGAGAGAGCAGUGGUCCAAGCUAGUGCACAAAACAUAAGUAAUAUUAUAUGGUUUAUAGGAUUUUGUUAAGCAUGGUUACUGAUCAUGAGCAUUGCAUUUUUCUUCAUUAACUCAAUAACUUGUGUGAGUUAUGGAUCCUGACUAGAUCCAGUAGGGAAGAAUGUGAGUUACGGCUCAUGUUAAUAUUUCUUAACUUUUUUUUACAGCCAGGUACCAUGCUUAUGUGAAAUCAUCACAUGCCAGUCACAUUUUGUAACUAUGAGGUUUAAGACUAUUAUUAUUAUUUACAUGCAUAAUUUUAUUUUAUUUAAAUUUGACAAGGAAACUAUUUUAUUUUAUUUCUUCUUGCAUAUUUUUGAAAUGUUUAUUUAAUUCCUGUUGCUUUUAUUAUAUGCUAUAUAGAUGGUAUUUUCUUUCUGGUGAUAUGCAAUACUGGCACCAUUUCUUCAAAAAAUAAAAAUCCAUUAUUAAAAGAAUCAGCAGCCUUUUUGGAAAAUGAACACAUAUGGAUCAUUUAAAUUAAAAAUAUUAUGUUGUAUAUGGGACCCAGCUUUCUGUGAGUUUCUCUGCAGUUGACAGUGGUGCUCUGUAGGCAUAACCUGAAAGUACCAUCACCUUUAGAUGUAGUGGAAAAAAAAAAGUUUGGUAAAUGAAUUGUGUUUGAGUCGUAAUAAGUAGAUGCUUCCAAGUAUGGUUAAUAAAUCAGUUUUUUUGUUUUUGUUAAUUUAUAUGUAUGUCUUCCAGUCAUCAUGCAACUAUUUUGGGACUGUUAAUUUUUUUUUUU